CUCUUUUCACUAAAAUCAAUUAACGACAAUAUAUAUAGUCACGAUCCAACGACGACAAUCAGUAACACGAGUGAGUGAUAGCUAACUUGGCAGGCCCAUUUCCCAUCAACAAUGCGGGCGUGUGCUGAAUUCUUGCGACGUCUCGAUGAAAUGUUUGAACGGAUUAUUCAAAGUUUAUCAAUUUGAUAUGAUUGCCCAUUUCUUGAAAAUACGACAUUUUUUCAUUUGAUUGAAUUGUAAACAUCAUGGUUACAAUCUUAUCAUUCCUGAAACACACCACCCACCGCCAAAACCCUUCACGAAGAAACCACAUCCGCCAACACCUAUUCGACGAGUACUUUCAGAAGCUGAAAUGCAGGCCAGGCGGAGUAAGAAUCUGUGUUACAAUUGCGAUGAAAUUUUCGGACCAGGCCAUAAAUGCAAGCAACAAUUCAUGUACUGAAGAAGAGGCUGCAAUGGAAACAGAGGGUGGAGAAGAGUUUACUGCGGAGGAGGAGGACAUGACACUGUCAAUUAACGCUUUUUAAGUGGCAACACAAAUUUUAACACCUUCAGAGUUAAGAGCAAAGCAUAUGGGAGAGAGGUGCAGAUCCUUAUAGAUGGAAGGAGUACGCAUUGCUUCCUCGAUGAAACAACAACUUAGUGAGCUGGGAUGUCAACUUGAGCCAACUACUCCUAUGGUGGUAAGUGUAGCGGAUGUUAGGCAGAUGGUUAGUCAAUUAUACUGCCCCACUUUCACUUGGGAAAUACAAGGUAAGUUGUUUAGCUAUCCUAUGCGAACCUUGACAUUAGGGGGCUGUCACAUGGUCCUUGGUGGUGAUUGGCUCGGGCAGUACAGCCUCGUUGCAUACGCUUAUAAUUCAAUGACAGUGAGAGUCUCUCAAAUGGGAAGAAGUGGGAGCUGCAAGCCUUUAGGCAACAGUCAGAAUUACACUGCAUAUCUGCUAAAAGCAUGUCCAAGUUUGUUAAUGAGGGAGCAUACGGAUUCGUGGGUCAAUUACAUUCAAUAUCUGCUACUUGAACCUCAGGGACUUCCCCCUAGAAGGGAUAUUGAGCACCAUAGAACUCUGUUGCAUGAUGGACGGUGAAGUUUCGUCGUCUUCCUCCAGCUAUUGACAUAGAGACGGAGAAAUGACUUCGUACAUCUCAAAGGGUCCAUAGCCCGACAUUCCCCAUGCACGAGUCACCACCACCACCACCACGAGCUUAUCUUGACCUAGAGAAGGGUUGAGAGUCCAUAUAUGAUGUAGGGAAGGGUUGAGGGGACAUUACAUGGCCAGUAGCCCGAUGUUUCCCCAUGCCUGCGUCACCACCGCUGCAGCCACUGCCACCACGACCUUAUCUCAACGUAGAGACGGAGAAGCAGUUUUGGAGUCAUUAAAAUGCAGGAUGUAUUUUAUUUGAAAAAGUAUAAACAAGCUCGCGGGGAAUAAUAUUUGGUGACAAAUAUAUGAAUUAGACUAGGAGCCUAAUAUUAGUUACCAUGAACAAAUCAAUCAAUUCAAACAUUGUUGUAAUAAUAUGGUUAUUUAUUAUUAGGAUAAGCCAACAAAGAAUUAAUAUGCUGUAUUAAUUGUACAAAUAUUGAACCCUUUGCCUUUU